CCACAGAUUAUUAAUAAACCCACAUUUUUUAGAAAAGCUAGUGAUAAGCCGGAAAACAAAUAAUUAUUAUUUUAUUAUUUUUCCUCACCGGCAUGAUAAAAACUGUGAACCCGACUAAUUAGGUCAGUAUUUUCCCAUUCGGUCGCACCGCGAUGGCGCGUGCACUGUGGGCUCUUCUGUUUUUUCAAGUGUUUUUCCACACCGAGGGUUUAUUUCACCGGUACCCAAAAUUAAAUCUUGGCGAAAGAGAUGGAGGUGACCCUGGAUCUCCGCUAUUCCUCACCCCUUACAUCGAGAGUGGAAAAAUUGCGGAAGGUAGACGACUCGCUCGGGUACCAUUCACGGAAACCCUUCGUAUCAAGAGUUACGCCGGUUAUUUUACUGUAAACAAGAAGUAUGAUUCCAAUCAGUUCUUCUGGUACUUCCCUGCGAUGAUACCGAACAAUAAGGACGCGCCAGUCGUCGUGUGGCUGCAGGGCGGGCCCGGUGCCACCUCUCUAUACGGUCUGUUCACUGAAAAUGGCCCGAUAAGAGUGCGCAACGACAAAUUUGAGAGAAGGAAGUAUAACUGGGCCUUGAGCCACCACAUGAUCUACAUAGACAACCCCGUCGGUACAGGGUUCAGCUUCACGAACGACAGCCGCGGCUACUGCACCAACGAGACGCAGGUCGGAGAGCAGCUGUACUCCACCCUGAUACAGUUCUUCCAGCUCUUCCCUGAACUGCAACAGAACAAGUUCUUUGUAACCGGAGAGUCUUACGGCGGGAAGUAUGUGCCUGCUCUGGCUUACACUAUACACAAGAAGAACCCCACUGCAAAAUUGAAAAUCAACAUGAAAGGAAUUGCUAUUGGCAAUGGUCUGAGUGACCCUGAACACCAGCUGGUGUAUGGCAAAUAUUUGUAUCAAAUAGGUCUCAUUGAUUGGAAUGGAGCUCAACAAUUUGAGCUUUAUGAAAAUAAGACUAAAAACUAUAUCAAACAAGGCAAAUGGGAUGAGGCCUUCAAUACGUUUGAUUCACUUUUAAAUGGUGAUAUGAUUGCUGGCAAAAGUUUGUUUACCAACCUGACGGGCUUCAACUUCUAUUUCAAUUUCUUGCAUACCAAGGAUUACACUAAAUAUGAGGACUUUGGCCCAAUGCUGCAGAAGACUGCUGUCCGUAGAAUGAUUCAUGUAGGAAACCUGACUUUCAAUAAUGGAUCAAUAGUUGAAAAGCAUCUCAAGCAAGAUGUAAUGAAGUCCGUGGCUCCAUGGAUAUCUGAGCUCCUAGACCAUUACUAUGUGGUGAUCUACAAUGGUCAACUGGACAUUAUUGUGGCUUACCCCUUAACUGUAAACUACCUCAGAAACCUCAAUUUCACUGGUGCUGCAGAAUACAAGACUGCAAAACGGUAUGUUUGGAAGGUGGAUGGAGAAGUGGCUGGCUAUGUGAAACAGGCUGGGAAGCUGGUAGAGAUCAUGGUCAGGAACGCAGGUCACAUGGUGCCGGGCGAUCAGCCAAAAUGGGCACUAGAUCUUAUAACUCGGUUUACACAUGAGAAAACUUUUGAUGGCCCUAAAAAGGGUGUUUAUUUAGGAUUUAAGUGAUUUUUUUUCACAUUUAAGAUGUUCUUAACACUCAUAUAUUACAUUGAGUUAUGUUCUUUGUCUUAUAUAUGAAUUCUAAGUACAAGAAAAGGUGAAAGAAAGGUGUUUAUAAGUCUUCUUUGUUAUUUCUACUUUUAUAAAUGCAAUGUUGAUGAAUCAUGUUACUUAUAUUUGUGCAAAACACAUUUAACUUUAGAUACCUACAUUUGCAACUUGUUACAUCAUUGUUUACUGUGAACCUGAGUACAUAAAAUAAUAAUAGUGGUAUUAGGUAUGUUUUCUAUCAGAGUUAUUGGUUACCUUUGGCAUAAGAAUUAAAUAUUUUUAUACGGAA